CGUGCCUCUUAUUUACGCGACAACUGCUCAAAGCUCAAAGGACCCAGCGUUGACGGAAAGUUCAUGAUGGGUUCGAAGUCUCGACGUCGGUCCCGCUCCAAUUCAAGAAACCGGAGCCGAGAGGCGCGAAACAGAUCCAGAGUGAGUAGAUCAUCUUCUGCAGAGCCCAAACGACACUCCCGGCCGCACGGGAGAUCCAACAGCAGCGGUGGCAGCUCGAGCGAUGCUUCCCCUGAUCGACGGCGGCCUCAACACAAGCACCGCGGCAGGUCCAGAAGUGGCUCAGAUGGCGAUGAAAAAAGACGAAAUACUGGCCGUAGGAGCAAGCCCCGGGAUCGAACUACAAGUACCGACUCUGAUGAUUCGAGAGGAAGAAGGACAGAAACCGAUGUAAAGAAGAAGACAACCUCACACAGAAGGAGGCGGUCCCGCUCAGGCUCAUCUGAUGGUAGUAGCUCCCGAGAAAAACGAAGAGAAUCGACUUCUGACAGACACAGGGAAAGGAGAGACCGAGAAAGAAAAAGUAGCAGGGAGCGGAGGAGAGUGAGUGAAGAAAGGGAACGACGGGGGAGAGAGAAGGACAGGAGGAGACAACGCUCAAGUUCAGAGUCCUCUGACAGCUCAGGCACCAGGCCCAGCUGUUCGGGCAAAGAGAAAGAGGCAAAGAAAAAACAAAAAGAAAUGAUGAAGGCCCUUGAAACGCCUGAAGAAAAGCGAGCCAGGAGGUUAGCCAAGAAGGAAACCAAGGAGAAAAAAAGAAGGGAAAAGAUGGGCUGGAGUGAGGAGUACAUGGGAUACACCAAUGCUGACAAUCCCUUCGGCGAUAACAACUUAUUGGGCACAUUUAAAUGGCAAAAGGCAUUGGACAAGAAAGGUAUCGGCCACCUAGGAGAAAAAGAACUUAAAGAGAGAAAUAAAUUAAUUCAAGAAGAGAACCGCAGAGAACUUCAGAAGGUGAAACAGCUGCGACUAGAGAGGGAACGAGAAAAGGCCAUGAGGGAAACUGAGUUGGAAAUGCUGCAGAGAGAGAAGGAGGCAGAGCAUUUCAAAACAUGGGCAGAGCAAGAGGACAAUUUCCAUUUACAACAGGCAAAAUUACGGUCAAAGAUUCGCAUUCGUGAUGGUCGCGCUAAACCCAUUGACCUUUUGGCAAAGUACAUUAGUGCAGAAGAUGAUGAUCUUGCUGUGGAAAUGCAUGAGCCAUAUACUUUUCUUAAUGGCCUGACUGUAACUGACAUGGACGACCUGCUGGAAGACAUCAAGGUUUAUAUGGAGUUGGAACAAGGAAAAAAUGUAGAUUUCUGGCGAGACAUGACGACCAUCACAGAGGAUGAGAUUUGCAAGCUGAGAAAACUUGAAGCCUCUGGAAAGGGACCAGGCGAUCGUCGUGAGGGCAUCAACACAGCAGUGAGUACAGAUGUCCAAACUGUAUUCAAGGGAAAAACUUACAGCCAGUUGCAGGCUCUGCACCUGAACAUAGAAUCGAAAAUUCGAUCUGGGGGUUCCAAUCUUGAUAUUGGUUACUGGGAAAGCUUGCUGCAACAAGUCAGAGUCUACAUGGCAAGAGCCAGGCUUAGAGAGCGCCACCAAGAUGUGCUGCGUCAGAAGCUGUUCAAGCUGAAGCAGGAGCAGGGUGUUGAAAGUGAACCAUUGUUUCCCAUUAUCAAAGAUGAGCCUGUGGAUACAGAGCAUGAGCAGAGAGUGACUGAGGAAAACCCAACCACUGUCAAUGAACCACAUCAGGUAGAAGAAGAGGGCCCAUCCACAUCUACUGCAGAAAAUCAGCAUGAGGGAGGAGAUGACAACAAUCAAGAAGGGGAGAAUAAAGAGGAGGCAGAAGCAGUUUUGACUGAGGAGGACCUGAUUCAACAGAGUCAAGCAGAAUAUGACUCUGGUCGUUAUAGUCCUCCACUACUCACCUCUUCAGAGCUGCCCCUUGACUCUCACACCACCACCCCAGAAGAGGACCUCCACAGGCUGCAGUUGGCACGGCGACAGUUACAGGUGACAGGUGAUGCCAGUGAAAGUGCAGAAGACGCUUUUGUACGGCGCGCCAGAGAGGGAAUGGGAAACGAUGAGGCCCAGUUCAGUGUGGAAUUUCCAGUCACAGGAAAAAUGUACCUGUGGGCAGAUAAAUACCGCCCCAGAAAACCGCGCUUCUUUAACAGAGUACACACAGGCUUUGAGUGGAACAAAUACAACCAGACACAUUAUGACUUUGACAAUCCUCCACCUAAGAUUGUCCAGGGUUACAAAUUCAAUAUCUUUUACCCAGAUCUCAUCGAUAAACGCUCUACUCCCCAGUACUUCCUCGAGCCAUGCCCAGAUAAUAAAGACUUUGGGAUUCUGAGGUUUCAUGCCGGACCUCCGUACGAGGAUAUUGCGUUCAAGAUUGUUAACAGAGAAUGGGAAUAUUCCCAUAGACAUGGCUUCCGCUGUCAGUUUGCCAAUGGGAUCUUUCAGCUGUGGUUCCACUUCAAGAGAUAUCGCUACAGAAGAUAAGACAAGACCAACAUCCCAGACCCUCAAAAUCAAGAACUUUUGACUUUAUACCA